UUCACUGAGUUCGUAUUUUAGAGACAAGUACGUAAUACGUGCAGUAAUAAUUAUGCUAGCGUUAUAAAACACUUUCCUCCGUGUUUGGCAGAUUGCCAAGGUCCCUUGCCUCACCCAAGUUCCAUCCAUCCAAGGUGCACGAAUACAUCGCGGAAUACGGGAUGUCUUGGCGAACCUCUACGAUGUCUAUACGACGACGACAACAGCAACACACACCCACAGAUUAUUUAUGAGAAAAAAAGGCGUGUACGAUAUGCGCCGUAUAACAACCCCCAUGCAACGGCUCGCAGGACACGCAAUAUGCAACACGCACACACGCAACUGCAUACGUCCUCGUGCAUUGAUCAAUCGGGUUAGUGACGCGUAUAGAUAGAACGCAUAUGAAUCGUCGGGUAUAUAAGCAAUCCGCCGAAAAGCAGAGGCAUCAUUCAGUUACUGUUCAUCAACAGCUGAUCUUUCCUACGAUUCAAAGAAAUCCAAUCAACUAUGAAGUGCUUUGUUGCUGUUCUUCUUUUGGCUCUGUUUGCCAUCGUCAUGGCGGUGGAACAGACGCCCGAAGACACAAAGGUAGCCGUUGAGAAGGAGACGCAGGCCGCCGAUGUCAUUAGAGACAAGAGAGGCUUCGUGGUAGGCAGCUACGCACCAGUCUCAUAUGCAGCACAAUAUGCAUACAGCAGUUACAACUUGCCGUACGCGUACUCCGCAUACACCUAUCCUUAUUACCGUUACCCUUACUACAAUGCUCCCUACUACGUAGUUUAAAACGCGAUGACACGCGAUCAACACACAGGAUGGAUCAUGGAAAAUUUUGCUCAAAUUGUCUAUAAAUUCGCUCAAUCUCUAAUCGUCCCUGAAAUUCUUGGUAAUCAUGAACGUGAGAGUGCGAGGUUGAGUUCUUUGACUACCGAUAAUUUUAAUCAUUGUAUUCAUUGUAAUAAUAAAAUAACGCUAAGUAUGUAAAAAAAGUGAUUCUUCUUUGGCGAUCUGUACGAAUUCUGUUCCUCCUAUGCAAUUUUCCUUUUUUUUUCCUUUCUGUGCAAGUUUGCUUUCUGCGAACUUUAAAAACGAAAUUAUACUUGGGCAAUUAUACUAAAGCAUUAUCAAAUUGCUUCUAACGGAAUACUAACAAAAUAAUUUUAAUAUAAUAUUAUUGUUUCUCAAAUAAUAAUUAUCGGUUACCAAUAGCAUUUAUUUUAUUUCAAUAAAAUUAUAAAAAUGAUAAAUGAUAGA